CAACAGACCCCAGGAAGGCGAGCUGGGCAACCCCUCAAUCCAAGGGAAAAUACUAGGACACUGCAGAACAAGCAAACCCUACAACACCUGAAUUACCUUAAUUUUGUGUUUGUUGUAACUGAGCAUUUAAUUACAUAGCAAUUACCAAUUCAGGAGUAGUGGGUUUACAAGCAGUCCAGAUGUGAGUACAUUGGAGUACUGCUUUGUGACUCAGAUCUCAAGAGACACCUCCAUCAAAAUCCAUAUUUGGUGCAUAGGAUAGAAAUGAGUAAUUGCCCUUCAUUUUUGGCUGCUGCUUUAGCCAGAGCAACAUCAGAUGAAGUCCUUCAGAGUGAUCUUUCAGUGCACUACUUACCAAAGCAUGUGGAUGGUACAGAAGGCAUCAUACAGAUUGAGACAGUGAAGCUAGCCCGUUCAGUUUUCAGCAAACUCCAUGAGAUCUGCAGCAGCUGGGUGAAAGACUUUCCACUUCAAAGGAGGCCCUACCGCUAUUAUGAGACAUCCAUCCAUGCCAUCAAAAACAUGCGCAGGAAGAUGGAAGACAAGCAUGUCUGCAUUCCUGACUUCAACAUGCUCUUCAACCUUGAGGACCAAGAGGAGCAAGCGUAUUUUGCAGUGUUUGAUGGUCAUGGAGGGGUGGAUGCUGCCAUCUAUGCCUCCAUCCAUCUCCAUGUGAAUUUGGUACACCAGGAGAUGUUUCAACAUGACCCAGCGGAGGCACUGUGUAGAGCAUUCCGGGUGACAGAUGAACGCUUUGUUCAGAAGGCUGCCAGAGAGAGCCUGCGGUGUGGCACCACUGGUGUGGUAACAUUCAUCCGAGGAAAUAUGCUGCAUGUAGCUUGGCUUGGUGACUCCCAGGUGAUGCUUGUGAGACAGGGCCAAGCUGUGGAACUAAUGAAGCCUCAUAAACCGGAUAGAGAGGAUGAGAAGAAGCGCAUUGAGGCCCUCGGCGGCUGCGUGGUCUGGUUUGGGGCCUGGAGAGUGAAUGGGAGUUUGUCCGUCUCCAGAGCUAUUGGGGAUGCUGAGCACAAGCCAUAUAUCUGUGGAGAUGCAGACUCCGCCUCCACCGUACUGGAUGGGUCUGAAGACUACCUCAUUUUAGCCUGCGAUGGCUUCUAUGACACAGUAAAUCCUGAUGAGGCAGUGAAGGUGGUUGCUGACCACCUGAAGGAGAAUAAUGGAGAUAGCAGCAUGGUGGCACACAAAUUAGUGGCAUCAGCACGAGAUGCUGGCUCCAGUGACAACAUCACUGUCAUUGUGGUAUUUCUCAGGGACAUGAACACAGCAGUAAAUGUUAGUGAGGACUCAGACUGGACAGAGAACUCUUUUCAAGGAGGACAAGAAGAUAGUGGGGAAGAUAAAGAAAACCAUGGAGAUUGCAAACGGCCAUGGCCUCAACACCAGUGCUCAGCACCUGCAGAUCUAGGGUAUGAUGGGCGAGUGGAUUCCUUCACCGAUAGAACUAGCUUGAGCAUAGGGUCCAAAAUUAACCUGUUUGAAGACCAGAGCUAUUUAGACCUGAUGAAAACAGAAGCAAGCCAACCUCAGAAUGCCAAACAUUUGUUACCAGUUCAAGUGUUUAGUCCUAGCCUACCAAAGGGAGUCAAUUUGGUUAAUGGCUCAACAGUGAAGAAUGAAUCUCCAAAAAGCACAGCAUCUUCAGUGUCUGAACCGACAGAUCCAAGGGGAUAUUCUGCUUCUUUUAGUUUGAGUUCCACAGGGCAGCAUAUUUACAGAAUGGGGGGUUUAUCUCCACGCUUUUCUGGAUUGGAAAAGGAACAAUUCAGAUCCCUGGGGAAAAGAGUCUCUGCUUUCUCUCACUUCUACUUCUAUAAUGCAAAGAGGGGACGUGGAGCCAGGCUCAAAACAAAGUUUCACACAUCUCUUUGCUCACAAACCUUCCCAUAUGGAAGGAUUAGGUCCGUCCUUACCUGUCCGAAGUGGCAGUAAAAUUAGGAUGUUGGUAAGAAGUUCUCUGUGGUGGAGGAUGAAUAGUCAAAGUUUAUGGUGAGAAUAUGCUCUUGAGUCUAAGACAGAGUAAUUAUACACCAGAUCCAUACCCUUAUUAGAGCUGCAAAAUAUAACCAUCUUCCUUGUAUCCCCCCUUCAGACAACUAGUUUAGUCAAUCCCAGAAUAAAAGGUGAGUAUUUUAGAACUGUGUUAAGGUUCCCUGUAAAACUCAGCUCAGAUGUAAAUAGACCAAGGAAUUAAAAAAAAAAGUUUGUCACAAUAAAACUGUUGGUGAUGCCACUCUAAGUACACCCCCAUAAACACAUGCACGUAAGUAUCUAUGUUCUCAUUCACUAGACAAGCUGGUUAGUAGGCUCAGGUGAAUAGACACAGUUAGAAACAGCUGGAAAAAAAUGCAGCUGAAAAUAAAGUUGAACCUGUCUGAGAUAUGUCUAUGGAGCACUAUUUUUUGAACGCUACCGUUUUAGAAUGCCAAAUGUUGUAAAGGGUGUGGGGUUAGAAUUUCCAUAGAAGUCCAGGUGAUGUUUUUUUCCUUUGUUUAUUUAGAGUAAUAUUGAGAGAAAUCUAUAGAAAACCAUCCACUUUGCAGGUAAAAGACUAAAAGCCAUACAGGGCAUUAACAGGUAAUUUAGGAAUGGAGAGAUUCAUGCUGUAAACUCUACUCUGUUCUCAGAUUAAAGUUCAUACAAUUAAUUUAGCUAUUACUUCCUGUAACAUAUAAUGUGGAAUAUGAAAAGUAUUUAUUUUUUAAAAAAUUAUUCCCUAUGGCUAGAGAUACAGUAUGUGGGGAUUUCAUAACUUUUUGGUGCUUUUAGUGGCAUUUUUAUUAGUCAGUUUAGGAGGCUGUUGUCAACUGGCUUUAAUCUAACAGGACUGUGGUUAAUUGGUAUGAGAUCCUCAUCACACCAUCUCAGGUGUUGAAAGAAACUCAGUCUGAGAUAAUGUCCGGGUACAAUAUGCUGUCACUAAACUGAUCAUACUGUUGAACUGCUUGUUAAGAAUAAUAAACAAUUUGAUCAGGAUUAUGUUUUAGGGCAUAAUUUAAAAUAAAGUGGAAGUUUUUAGGGCUGAUAAAAUGCUGGAGUGUGUGUGACACUACUACUGAAUUCUUGUUGUUCCGGAUAGAUUCAGAAAAUGGAUGUGAGACUGCUAUAGUAACCCAAAUUGAAUGGAAAUGCUGGGGAUGUAGAUGAAUGAGGGUGGUUGCUUUGUUUAGCUGGGAUCAUAAAAUGCACUGACAAUCCAGAGCUCUGCUCCAACAAAUUUAGAUUUGCAGAGAUGAAAAAUGUGGGUUGCCGAUUUUGUUUAUCCCAGUGAGCAACAGCAUUAUUUAAAAAACAACCCACUAACCUAUCCUUGAGGUGAUGUCUUACACUCUUAAAGGAAUAGUUAAUUAGAACACAAAAGUAAUUUAAAACUGUUCCAGUUGAAUGCAUCAGACAACAUAUUAGGCAUCCUGCCACUAUUAUUUGCCACACUAACUAUGAGAAUACUCAUUUGGCACUGAUCUGAAUAUAAAAUGUAAUUCUCAACAGCAUUUAAUUUUAGCAAUGAUUUAAUAUACCACUCAAUCUUAGCAGUAACACUUUAAAAAUCAGCCUUACAGUUAGCUAGAAUUUGUUAAAAUAUUUAAAUGUUAGUCAGGAGUCUAAAUUAUUUGAAACCAUGAGACUUGAACUUUACUGAUCUCAGCUUGCUCUUUAAGUCUGUCUUUUAAAAGACAUUUGAUGAAAUAGUGAAAAGCUAUAAGCAAACAGGAGCUGAAGUGUGGUUUUAGAUUCCUGUAAUAAUUUUGCAGUUUUUUAAAACCAUAAAUAUAAUUGUCAUUUACUUGUACAUUUGUCAUCUUACAAAGCCUUAGAUGUUAACAUUCUCUUCAGAUGUAUUGUAUGUUUCUAAUCAGAUUUACUAAGAAAAUUUGAGAAACCAUGGAAUCCUAAAGUAUGCAAUUUUGGGCAUCUUGCUUUUGCCUUUUCAUUGUUUAAACUUCUCACACGAAUAUAGAAGAUACAUUGAAAGUCUGUUUGAUAGUUGUACUUUUAUUGGAAGGUGAGAUGUAAGUGCAAUUCCUUGUUUAAGUAAAUAUGUCAAGAUAAAGUUAUGGAUGAUAGAACUUCCCAAUGUGAAAGACUGGUUGAAAAGUACUGGAGUGAGUGUAUGCUCUCUUGUCAAGGGUGUAGUUCUUUAGGUGUGGAUUCACAAAUGAUCAUUCUGCUUCUCAGACCAUUUAGGAGGGAAAUUGCCAUCAUAGUUCCUGUGUGGUCCGGUGCAAAAUAUUGUAUAAAUAGCAAGUAUUAAUUUCUUCACUAUAUUCAUUUAGAGUAGAUAGAUUCAUUUGUAAGACAAGUCUUUUAAUAUUCUAUAAUACAUAUAAAAGUAGUGGUUAUUGGUCUGAAAUAUGCUGCUCUUGAUUCUACACACUAGACAAAAAAGCAGUGCUUUGUGAAACGCAAUGUUUUCUCUUAAUGCCACUGGUGAUAGGAAGUAAGUAGUUCUCUUCAGUUCAAAAUCCGGUGCCCUUAUUUGCUGCUUGCUAACGUAAGCAAUAAGUUCCCCUCUAACUAAUGAUAUUUAAAUGUUCUGUAUCUUGUAUUUUGAUAGUCUAUCUGG